AUUACUCAUAAUAUAUGGGGUAAUAUGACGAUAUAUUUUAAAGUAAAAAUUAUAGUAUGGAAUGAUGUGAUGUGUUUCAUUUAUAGACAUCUCCAUAUUGUUUAUAUGACAUAAGUCAACAAUUUCUUACAAUUACAACGAUAUAAAUUCAAAAACAAAAUUAAUUAUAAUGGGAAAAUCAAAGAGCCAAAAAAGAAAAAAGAAGCUAAAUAAAGUAUCAUACCAUCAAUCCAAAUACAUUUUGAAUCAAACAUACCCAAAAAAUGUUAAUAAUUUUUCUUCUGUUAAUCCCCAUUUGAACUCUGCUGAUUUACCAAUAAUUGUACAUGACAUUGAUUAUACUACAGACAUACCUUUUAUGGCUUCAACAGUUGUGCAACAUGUAAUUGAAACAAAAAAUGUGGCAGAAUUGAAUCAAUCUUAUUUUCCUUGCUUAAAUAAUGGAAAAGUGCUUAAAAAACAGAAGAAACGUAAAAAGAAAAGAAAGAAUAAUAAGUUUAGUGCUUCAAACACAUAUCCAUACAAUAUUAGUAAAAACAUAAAUAUUUUUGAGCGUGAUAGAUUAAUUGGAUUAGAUAGAAAGCUUCGACCUAUUGUGAUUGAUGCUGAAAAUGUGGCCUAUGCACAUUCUAUAAAUGAAACUUUUUCUGCCAAAGGAAUUCAACUAUGUAUUGACUGGUUCAAGACCCAUGGGCAUUCUCAUAUAAAGGCAUUUAUUCCAAAGAAUUACUUGGUAGACGAAGACUCUGAAUGUUAUAGAAUAAUUAAAAACUUGGAAAAUAAAGGUCAUGUGUAUUACACGCCUACAAGAGAAAAUAAAUGUAAUAACAUUCAUUAUCACAGGUUGAUUCUUGAAUAUGCCACUCAAGUUGGUGCUGCUGUAGUUUCCAAUGAAGACUUUACUGAUUUUCACGAGUUAUUUAGUGAUAUUUUAUUGCACAGGCGUGUCGUCUUUACAUUUGUUAAAGAUAGAAUUAUCUUUCCAAUUGAUCAGUAUGGAAGAUAUGGUCCUACAUUACUUGCAACCCUUACAUUUUCCAAAGAGUCUAAAUAAAAAAGUUUUGUUGGUGGGAAGAAAUGUGAAAUGUAUAAGAAGAUCGCAAAGGAAUGGUAGAGACAUUAAAUGGUAUGGUACCCAAUAUUUAAAAACAAUUAAUUUAAUUAUUAGUUAAUUUAUUUAUUACUCUGUUAUAUAAAAUCUUAAACUUGUGUCAUAAAUUAUAGAUAUAAAACAAAAAUAAUUAAGUAGCUUAAUUAUUUUGUACUAUUGGAAAGCAUUAUACUUUAAUUUUAAGUAAUCAAGUGAAAAAAGUAAAAAACU